CUGAGUUCGAUGUGGUGUUUUACUUGAUGUGAUUGUUUUUAAACCGAAUUGAGUUGUAUUUAUAUUUAUUAUGACGAGUUUAAUUGAUAAAAUAGAACUUUUAAUAAAAAGAGAGAAAACUACUCCCGAGAAAAAGAAAGACGACUCAAAUAAAUCUUCAAGUGAAAUACUUUCAGAAUUAUUCGGUGCUUUCAACGCCGAUCCUCCAAAAAUAGAAGAAAUUUCUUCAAAAAAAUCAAAGAAAAGCAAGAAAAAACACAAAAGGGAGAAAAAGAAACGUAGCCGAAGUAGCAGUAGCAGCAGUGAUUCUGACGACAGUGAUCAUUCACAUAGACGUAAAAAAAGAAAAAAGAGCAAGUCUAGUAAAAGAAAAGAUCAUGACCGGUCUCCUUCAUAUCAUCGUUCAAAGACUCCUGUGUUAAUAGUCAAACCUGACCCAGAAACUAAGAUAAAAAAUGAGAAAUCUGUAAAAAUUCAGGCAAACAAAAAAAUCAAAGAAGAGAGCACUACCCCCACAAAAAAGGAAGUUAAGAGAGAACCAUGUAUUGAAAAAGUUAGUAUUAAAGUUGAGAAUAAUAAAGAUGUCAUAGAUACAAGUUUAAUUCCUAUGCCAGAGUCUCCAGAGCAUAAAUUAGAUGAAAGCGAUUUAAGACUUAAACUCGAUAGCAAAAAGAAUGAAGAAAAUGAUAAAUCUAAAGGAAAGAUUCAAAUCAAAAACUUGAAAUUCAGUACUGUUUUUGAAGAAACUGUGAAGAAAGCUGAAGAAGAGGCUAGGAAAAGAGCUGAAAAGUAUGAGGAAGGUGAAUACACAGACUCCUCUUGUGAAUCUGUAAAGGAAGUAGUUGAUAAUGCACAAUUUCCCAAAAGCUCUGAUCCUGGUGGUAUACUUAAACAACAAGCAGCAGAAGAAAUCAAAAUACCAGAAGAAGAUAAAAGCAGUUCUAAAAGGUCUAGUUCUAAGCAAACAGAGUCUUCACAGAAGUCAUCACGGAAAGAAAGGGAUAAAAGUAAAGAGAGAGCCAGCAGUAAAUCACGAAAAAGGUCAAGGAGUAAAUCGAAGAGGUCUCGGUCUCGCUCAGCAUCUCGCAGACAUCGUUCAAGCCGGGACUUAGACCCGCGGCGCCGUAGUAGAUCGAGACACCGGUCAAGGUCGAGGCGAAGGUCCCGUUCUAGGGGCCGACCCAGACAUCCAUCGCCUAGACAUAGAGAGAGAGAAAGGGAAAGGGAGAGAGAGAGGGAACGAGGAAGACGUUCAAGAUCACCGUCAGGUGUAAAGUUAGCGGAUAGUGAAAAGAAGCGGCUAUUAGAAGUGGCUCGAAGGAAUGCCAUCAACAUGCUCAAGAACGGAGCAGUGCCGGCCGGUGCUGCUGCCUUACCACCACAUACUAGGAGUCAAGUCAUGGCUGCCAUACAAUCUGGGGGUAAAUCAGUUGAUGAGUUAACGGACUUCUGCAAACAUUUAUCAAAGAAAGAAGCUUUAGGUGAACUGUCUUCUGUGUCAUCCAAUGACGAAGAUAUGAGUGAGAAUGAAGAUACUAUUGCAUUCCAUCAUCCAUUCCUUGUUAAGGAGAAAGCUCCUAUUGUAAUGAACAUUAGGGGUGGUGCUCCUUUACCUAUUAAAACCACGGCAGCCGUGGUCAACAAGGACGAGCUUCGGUUACAGUUCCCCGUGUCGUCUGGAUCUCAGCACAGAGAGAAAGCAUCGGAAUGGGUUCCCGUUUCCCCAUCAAAGAAAGAUAUGCAAGUAGCAAAACUGAAUUCAACCAACCCCAAGCCGACUAAACCUGACGCAAUACCAGCAAUUGAAAGCUCUAAGGAACCUUUGGCACUUCCUGCCCCUCCCGCUAAGAAUACUCCAGCUUACCUCACUGGGUUUACUUCAGGAUCUCAGCUGUCAUCAGUACCUCCAGCGCUUCCAGCACCCGGACCACAAGCUUAUCCACCUGGAAUUGACCCGCCCAAGAUUGAUGUUGCUGCAAUAGUGUCUCAAAAGAUAGCGAUGAUUCGCAAGGAGCAAGAAGAUAAUGAAAUUUCUAGUACACGUGGAUUUGGUUGGAGUUCGUCUAGUACACUCGGGGAAUUCACAGGAUCUACGGGAGCGCAAAUUCUAACCCCAAGAGAAUUAGCAAGUGGUACCCAAGCGUGGGCAAAGAAGGAUCAGCUGGUGAAAGCGGCGCCCGUAGAAGGGGGUAUGGGAAUGCAUCUACUGCAAAAAAUGGGCUGGACUCCCGGCCAGGGGCUAGGCAAAGAGGGCACGGGAACCUUGCAGCCGUUACUGCUGGAGGUGAAGCUGGACACCCGCGGCCUACAGGCCAAAGAAGAGGUCAGUAGCCGUAUCAACAAAGGCAUAAAAAAUCAACGACAAAGCAGAAAUCGCGGCCCCGCCCCUCUAGUCGCUGGCGGCAAACAUCCCGUCUCGUUGCUCGGAGAGUACUGCUCAAAGCAGAAGCUAGGUCCGCCCGAGUACAAUUUAUGCUUCGAGUGUGGCCCUGAUCAUAAGAAAAACUUUUUAUUCAAGGUCAAAGUUGCUGGAGUCGAAUAUCAACCGGCAGUAGCUAGUGCUAAUAAGAAACAAGCAAAGGCUGAUGCAGCACAGUUAGCACUACAAAAACUUGGCAUUGUUACAUGAAAGAACAGAAAAAGUAUUUAUGUAUUUUGCAUAAACAAAUACUCGU